AAGUGGAACAUUGACGCGGUGAGGUACAGUUGGUGUGUGUGUCUUCGUAUGCCAUUAGCAUCGAAUCCAUAAGAGAAAAUGGACAGGCAACAUUUGUUAAGUGACCAAGAUGAUCCUUCCGCCAGUUCUGCGUCCACCCAGCAAUAUCCAGUUGUUGCCGGUGCAGAUGCCAUGGGUUCAAGCCAACCUAUGGAUAGUGGCGCAACAGCGCCUCCUGCAGACCUGAUGGACAGAGUGCCUGGGUAUGAAGGGAUGGGAUCAGGAGGUAAUGACCUUCCACCCCCUUACCCAGAGCCACCUCAGCCUGAAGGCCCCAAACCAAUGUCACCAAACAGAGAGUGGCAAAUCCCCUCCAUCAGUGAAGAGCUGGCUAUGGAGGCCUUGCUGGAGUAUGUGUCCAGCAAGUGCUGCUACAGUAAAAAGCCUGUUCAAGAGAUGAUAUUCUCCGACCUGCAAUCACACAAUACGUUCCGGUACAGCCUAGAGACGUUUACUGAAUCCAGGUCCACUGAAUGGGCCAGCGUGCCUUACACCGGUCAGGUAGUGGAUGGGCAUAUGGGAGCAGCACCAGGCCCAUGGGACAUUGCUGUCCCUGUUCCUGCUAUCUUUCAGGACAACACAAAGCAGGUCCAAAUUCCAUACACAUCCUCUGUUAAGGGCUGUCACUCCUGCUUGACACUGGGUAGAUCACCUUGCAGAAGGUGUGUGACAUCAGGAAUGAUGCAGUGCUCGAUGUGCAACGGGGUGGGAAGGUUGAGUGAUUCUCGAUGCAUGUCCUGCAAUGGCGCUGGCCGUCUUCGAUGCACUUUUUGUUCAGGACGGGGCUCAACAACUUGCAAAACCUGUAAAGGAAAAGGACAGCUUCUGUGCUUCAUCAAGCUAACAGUGAAAUGGAAAAACAACUUGUUUCAAUUUGUGGUGGAUAAGCAGUCAGGGCUCCCGGUUGAUCAUCUCAGCCAGGUCACUGGGGAGACACUAUUCAGUGACAUGCAACCGCUGGUGUAUCCAGUGGUCAAUUUCCCAGAUAAUGCCAUCAACCAGGUCUCAGAAAAGGCUGUAAGACAACAUCAGGCCAAGUUCUUUUCCACGUGCCGUAUCCUGCAACAGAGGCAGACAAUUGAAUUGAUCCCCAUCACUCGGGUGCACUACACCUGGAAAGAGAAAACUCACAUCUACUUUGUGUAUGGUGCUGAACACAGAGUCUACACUAAUGACUACCCUGCAAAGUGCUGCUGUUGCAACAUCUUGUGAAAACUGCAGAUGUGAAUUAUUGAAACCCCCUGAUCUCCAUUUACUGAAUAGAUUGUAGUUUAUCUUAUGAUGUGGACAUCAGAGGUCAUUGUGUUUUGGGGUUCAAAAGAGCUGCCAACACUUGUUAUUUUUAUGAGUGAAGACCAUUAGCACAAUUGUACAAACUGUUUAAGGAUGAGGCUAUGCAAGUUAUCCAUGUAAUAAUUUUCAGGCAAACACAAUAAUGCAUUACAUCACAUUGCGUUACAUUACAUUAUAUUAAUACAUCAUAGUUGUUGCUAGUUACCCAUUAUGUGUAUGUGCAUUGAGCUUCAACACCAUUCAUAAGCAAAAUCUAAGUCAAUGUCACAUAGUGGAAGGAGAUUAAUGUAGACUAAUUCACCUACUUGUUCUGAUGGUGUUUCUCAG